AUGCUACGAGUGCGUUGUAAUAUUUGCAGGGAAUCCAUUCAUGAUGGCGCAGCGUGUUGCCCAUGUACGUCUCAUUUUCAACAGUCGGGAUGAUCUUUGUAAAUUAUUUACUGAUCUGAUAUACACAAUGUUAUGUUGUAAAAUGUCUGUCUUAAAUCUAACAGUAAUCUGCUUUUGCUUUUUUCCUUGAUAUACUCAAUGGAUCUCCUAUACAGGUGGCCAUGUUUAUCAUCUAACAUGGUAAGCUUUGCAUAUUCAAGAAAAUUCUUAAUGAAAAAAGAUGGUAGAGAACGAAUCCGAUCUGCUUCCUUUUUUUUUUUCCUAGAUCGACAGUAGCGAAGGAGUAGUAAUAAAUGUAUUUUCUUAAAAUUCAUAGCAUAAAUCAGUGGCUAAAUCAAAGUCGUUCAUGCCCAACAUGUCGUACCACUGCCUCGAAAGCAGUUGUGCUGUUCUUUGACGGAGCUGACUUGGACAGUUCACAAGUUACAAAUGAUGUGGACAUUCUAAAGGUACAAUUUAAAAGGCAAAAAUACACCUUGGCUAAGUCUAGAUGCCACUACGGCCGAGAUAACAAUGGUUGCAACAGUGUAUUUCCUGCCUUACACAGGUGAUAGCACAAACAUCUAAGGCUCUCUUUAAGCGUAUGGAACUGGAUAUUUAAGUUGUGUAGGAUAAGAUCACAAAAGGACAUAAAUGUUUUUAUUAUAUUUUCUUCUGAUUUUAAGGGAUCAUGUUUCCCUUACCAGCAGUAAAAUGUUAGCAUCUUAGACCUGAAGCAGUAAACAUUGUGAUCUGUAGAGAUUUUUUGUAGAUUUGUAUUUUACCUUCAAGUAAAUGGAAGACCACUCAAUGCAUCACAGUAGGAUUAAAGAAUGUUUAUUGAAAAUAGCAUGAUUGUGACUGAAUUAGCACUUUGUUGUAGCAGACAGUUACACUAAAAUGGCUUCUGGGUUGGGAAGGGUUCAUCAACUCCUGAAGCCAAAGUACUGCAUAACAGUGGUAUGUCUUAACUCUUGACUUUGCCACAACCAGUAGAAAUAUUUAGUUUAUCAAUUCCUGAAUCCAAAGUUCUGCAUAACAGUGGUAUAUCUUAACUCUUGACUUUGCUAAGAUCAAUAGAAAUAUUUAGUGCUCAAUAACUUGGGGUACAUCGUGUGUUAAUGAUGCAGGAGUACAUGUAUUCUGUUGAUGCUAUAUUAGUGUUACAUUUACCAUCAGUAAUGGUUCCAAAGGUGAUUAAUUUUUUAAUUUAGCCAUGACACUAUUAAUGUUGAUGUUGAAAAUUAUUUUGCAGAAUACUAUAGAAGAUCUUAAGUCUUUGUUGAACCAGAAAGGCAAGUCAAAUCUGAAUCUGUUGUUGGAACCAUUUUUUUUGUUUGAUAUCAUCUUACAUACACAAAGAGAAGUUAAUGGAAUUUUGUUGAUAUUCUUUAGAGUAAUUUGAGAAGUACAGAAAGUUUAAAAGAAGGAAAGCUUAUGUCACAUAAAAAUUUAAAAGAAAUACCCUUGUUUCAAAUUAUUUUCUGAACAUGAAUCACUCAAAUUAAAGUAAGGUAAAGGAAAGCUGUCUUUCCAUCUUGUGUAUAUCACCAGUGAGUUGCUGGUAGUGCCCAAUGGAGAUGCCAACCACUACCCACCUAAAACCUUUUAGUUGUAAUAUCUAAGGGGUUCUCUUCUGAAAUUUUGGCAGUGUCUAUUGCCUUUGCCAGAAGGGAGGAGGUUACAAAUGUAAAAAUUUGGGAUUCAAUAAGGUUGAUAUGUGGUUGUUUUUAAAGAUGAUAGAGGGUUAUAUGAGAUGGUAACAUGGCUGAACUUAUAGGACCUGCCCAAAAUGUAGCAGUGUUUAUACACAUGAAUCUCAGUUUCAAAGGCUUAUGAAUAAAGAAUAAAACAAGAGGAAAAUUUUAAAGGUCUAUUUGUAGUUCAUGCACAAAAUAACUGGUUUUUGUUAUAUGGCUUUUGUUUAAUUAUAUACUUUUUUAAAGGAAGAUGUAAUUCUUGACAUUUCUCUUAAGUUUGUCCUUAAAUUUUAGUAGUAAAGCUUAAUAAAUGUAUACAAUUGCUGUUUCAGUUUCCUUUGAGUUGGGGAAAAAAGUUACAUCUUUUGUUACUGAUUAACAAAACAAUCAAUUAAAAAGCUGCUUGGAAGCUUGCCAUUAAGCUUAAACUUAAGUAAAAACUCUAGUUUCAUGCCCUUCAGUACUCACACUGUAAGUGGAAGCCACAUUCCCAUUAUGAGUUAGAUUUUUAAUGCAUUUUUAAAUAUUUCAAGAAAGAACUCAGAGAAAGACUUAUCUCUUUUGCCAUUUUAGUUUUUGAAUGAUAGGUUCAUGUGAUGGAAGGAGCAUUUCCCAUGAAAGCCAAUGCAAGAUUUGUUGACUUGAUCUAAACAGGCCUAAAUUAAACUAAACUUAGAGGGUUCUUGUGUUUGAGAGUCAGACAUGUUCUCUGAUAUUCUCAGCUGGGAUUACUGGAUGUUGAUUUAAGGAUGGACUGUUUUUUUAUUGUUUAUAGAAGUUGAUCUCAGGAGUUUAAAACAUGAACACAAGGUAAACCAUCAAGAAUAGAGAUCUUUUUGGAAACUUUUCCAUAUUACCUUUUGUAAUUUUUUUUAUUUUGAGUACAUACAAAUAAUGAUAAUGAAGAUAAGAGGGAUCUUUGUAGUAAUGAACACCACUAAUUAAAAGUAGUGAUGAAAAUAUGGCCUGAAAAAAUUUAGGCUGACAUAGGAGUUGAACCCACAACCUCUAUGUUUACUUAUUGUGUUGAGACAAAGGAAGUGAUAACAAGGUUAAUUUCUACAGUAAACUAUCAGCCUAUGAGAUAUUCAUUUUGUGUAUGGUUAUUUUACAGAGAGAACUUGCUCAGGAAGUAUCUGCUUUGGAAAAGCAAAAGGGUUAGUAAUAUAUUGUAUGAAAAGUCUGUGAAGCUGUGGCAAAUAUGUAAGUAGACUACUUUAUCUUUUUGUUCAGAUGUCCAAAAUAUUUCAAAUCUGAGGCACAAAUUGAUGGUAAAACAUUGCUGUUUCCUUUCUUAUGCCACUCAUGCAAAAAGUGCUUCAGGUGGCCUGGUGAACACAGUGUUAAAGUUGGAAGCAUUUCAGAAAGCUCUUCCAGUGUAAUGGAUUUCUUGAUUUACUUUUCAAUUGAUUUACAAUUUUUUUUUCAGUCUUAUUAUGUGAAACUGCAAAUUCAAAUUUAGUAUUUUGGAUGCUGUUGUUAAUUCUUUUCUGGUUGGUAAAGUUUAUCAGUCAACAAAAGGAAAAUCAGCCUUACAAGUACUCUCUUUUUGAGAUUUUCAUAUAUAAAUAGAAGGAAUUCGAAGUAAGGCAAAUAAAUAAUGGCUAAUGCUUUCUUCCUUGGCUUGAGGUUGGUUAUACAGAUGAUUUUAAAACAGUACCCUUUGAGUUCUAAUAUUUUAAUGAAAUUUGUUCCUUGCAUCCAUGGGUUCUGUACAUGAUUUUUUUUCCCUUUUUUUUUUUUUGUCAAAGAUUCUGCUUUGGAAGAACUGAGGAAACGGUAUGAGAAGAAACUUCAAAUGGAAAAAUCGACUUCUACUGGACUCAAGGUAUCAAGGUUAACCCUUAACUCUCAACAUCUCUUUAGUCUUUACUCUCAACUACUCCUGUUAGACAAUUUUCUGUAAGGGGCUUUGGAUGUAUCAUGGUUAUUGUGAAGAAACAACACAAGAUACACAGUUAAGGCUUAAGAGUAGAAAACAUAGUUCUUAUAUUUUCAAUAGUUGUUCGUUUUCAUUAAACAUCUAAAAAUCCUCUUGUCAAAUUUUUCAUGAUCAUGAAACAGAAGCAACUAAGUUAUAUGAAGGAAAAAGAAAGGGAACUUGCUACUGCACAGAGUGAAGCCACUGAACUAAAAGCAGAGUUUUUAAAAUUAAAACGGUAAGUAGAGCAUACAGAAUCGCUUGUUGAUCACAUCUUUUAUUUGUAUUUGUAACACCUUUUCUUGGCUUUGAAUGGUCACAGAAAUUUCAAAGUAGACAUUUGCUAAAUUUUUUACCCUUUUAUUGAGAAAAUUGCUCAGAACUAAAUGCACUCAAUCAAAGUGGAUUCCCAGAACAGGGUUAUUCUUUCUUCUCCUGAUUUUAGAGAAGUCCUUGCUACAAUAUUCCAGAAAUGCAGGAUUUCCAAAAUUAUCAGUUAUUUGACAACUUUCUUGCUGUAGCAUGUCCCAUACCCAUUUCAAAAACAUAGGUAAACAUUCACCAAAACUGUCUGAACAUGUCUUCUGGCUCUUAAGGCAAGCAGAAGAAUUUGUUAAGUCAUUGAGGGCACAGUUUUUCCAACUUGAAAAUUCAUCCAGUAACAAUCAACAACAAGAACAGUAACAGCUACCACAAUAAUAAUGUUCAUGGUAAUAGGUAUGCAAAUGAUAGUAAUAAUCAUGGUUAGGUAAUAAAAGUGAUUAUUGUCAUAACGAUGAUGAUAAUAAUGAGGAUGGCUAUAAAUAAUGAUGAUAGUUAUGAUGAUUAUUAUAAUAUUAAUAACAUAAUAAGAAAAUCAGUAUUAUUAACUAUAAUUGUCAUCAAUGUAUUUUCUCUAUUGCUUUAUUUAUUGGUUAAUUAAAAAACUUUUUUUUCAUUAAUUCUUUCUCUAAAUGUUCCUUGAGUGCUUUAUAUGCAACAUGCAAUAAAUAACUCACCCAAUAAUAUCUAAACCUCAGGCUAGAGGCUUGCAUUUUCCAACAUUCAAUGCUAUGACGUGUGUUGCUUUUUAUAGUAUGAGGAUAUUAAUAGAUGAACAUACAAGUGAAGCGGAAGACAUGUUGCAGCAGUUAGAUGCUAAAUCAUUCCCAGAAGUCAUCCUUCAACUUAUCACACUCAAAAGGUAAUAAUUAUUAUUUAUUUAUCUGGGGUGGUUAUCUUGGCCUUUAGAAGUGAGUCAGAUGGAAGGGGAUAAAGUUUCACUUGGAAUACUCUAAGCUUAUCUAAUAUCCAAGGGGAAGUAUGCCAUCUAGGUUACCAGGUUACAGUGUGAAUACUUCUUUUUCAUGCAAGUAUGCUGCUUGCUAUAUAUUGGUCAUAAAUAUUGUUGCAGUGCAGUGCAGUUGUAAAUUACAUGGUGUAUCUGCGUGUGUGGUGUGACCAACUUGUAUUUUUGUUUUGUCAGUAGAAAUACAGUCAAGCUUUUCUUGUUUUAGAGUUUUGGACUAAUAGUGAAUUCAUUCAAUCCUGAUUUCUAUAUGUGAUAAUUUAAUUUUCCCUUCAACUGUCCUCCAGUAGAAAUCUUGAGCUCAUAAUGUGAGAGAUGACAUUAAAUAACAUGGCUAUCAGUCUUACAGUUCUGUCUAUCGUAAACAUUUAUGCAUGGUUCCAGGAUAUACCUCUAUCACAAGGCAAGAAUGCAAUCAUUAGAGUAGUUAUGUAGUUAUAUUUGAGGUAGCCAUGCUCUCACUUUACAUACUUUGUUUCUUUUUUGGGGAUUUGUGCAUUGUAACAGGAAACUAGAGGAAAAAAAGUUGAAAUGCAAGCAAGCCAUAGAUACAACAGAUAAAGUUAGAAAGGAAAAUGUUAUGAUAAAAAAUGAGGUAAUAUAUUAAAUGAUUUUUGAAAUUGAGGCAAUAGAAAUUGUAGCCAGCAAUGAUAAAGAAACUUGAACUUUAAUGAACAUUUUCCUGCAUAUAGGACUGGAAAAAUGUUCCCCCUCAAAAUUAGAUUUAGUUGUUUUUUCAUUUACAGAUUCCUGUUUGUCUCAGCUCUUGAUAUCUUGAAUUCAUUUUUUGCAAGUAUUGAUAUAUUUUUAUUUCACUGCUGAUUACUGAAGAGUUUGAAACGUUUUCAUGUAAAAGUCGAGUGGUACAGAGGCUUCUAAGUUGAACUGUCUAUUGGAUCUGUAAGAUACCAAACAGUUUGAUUGCUGUAUUUCUUUCACACAAUGUUCUUUACAUGGGAAACUUUGAAGCCGCAAUUACGAGGUGGUUCAUAAUGCAUGCUCAUUGUUAUUGUUGAUGAAAUUAGUAUUGUAAAUCAUUAUUUUGUUACUCUCCUUAAUCUAUACCUAUUAACAGAAGAUUCAGUGAGUAAUUACAGAUAUGAUUUUUUUUAUAUAUAUAAUAUCAAAGGCAGCUUACAAGGAAAUUGAGUUGACAAAAAUUAAAGAUCAUCUUAAGAUGGCAGAGGAAGAUAUCCAAAGACUUGAAAAAGAAAAUGCCGUAAGUUUUAUAGACUUAGUCAGCAGAACUUAAAGAUACAAGAAAUUAAUGAAUGUUGCAAUUCUGUUACUGUUUGUGAGUAAUUUUGUUUCAUAGUCAUCUUGGUUUUUGAAAAAAUGAUGUUGGUCUGUUUAAAGUAGAUAUUCUGCAUUGAUAUUCCAGCAUUUUCUUGAAAAGUAACUGCAUUCUAAAUUGUCUCAUUUGCAUUAGAUUUUAAAUUAGUUGUUAAGAGUGAAUAGUAAAAGAUAGAGAUUUUCCUGCCUUGGUUCAUGAGAACUGUGCUUACCAGCCACCCCCUGGCCGGGAACUUAGAAUUAAUGAACUUUCUUGGGAUGGAUAUGUUUUGUUUUUCCACACUUAAAUCUUUAAUUGGUCUGUAAAAAAUUUAAUAUGUUAGAGUUAUAAGAAGAAGUUGACAGCAAUGGAGAGAGCAUUUGCAUCCCCUAGUCCACGGAGUAGUGCCAUUGGUCGCCUUAUUAGGGAGAGGUAUGUCCACAAGAUAUCAAGACUCUUACAAAACAGUUUUUAUUGAUUUACUGGAUACAUUGUAUAAAAAAAUGUUUAUUUAUUAUAGAGAACUUCAUUUAACAGAUAAGUUAUUCACAUCAUAGCAAAACAGCAAAGCUGACAAGCCAAUGCCCCCCCUGCACCUAGAUAUUUUAUUGAAACCACCAUUAUAUAGUUAGCAGCACAGUGGGCAAGAAAAAGGAAAUCCGAUUGGCUACCUUAGGAGGCCCAUCUUGCCUGCUUAGUACUGCUUUCUUUGAAAGCCAACAUGGAGCCAACCUGCACAGUUCAAAGAAAGAAAUUACUGUCAAUGUAAGAAUUAGCCAAAACAUAGAAAGGUAUUCCAACUACAAAAUUGUGAUGUUUUGGCUAAUUCUUAUAAUGACAGUAAUUUCUUUAAUGAACUAAUUCUUGUAAGCUCUGAAUUUGUCUGAGUUAAUAUUUCUAAUUUUUGAUGAUAAGAAAUAGAACAGUACUGGAGUUGUUUUUUAGUAAGUAGGAAGGGGUCCAACUGAAACCGGGUUUAGUUUGUUAGGUUUGUGAUAAAAAGUUAAUUUGUUUAGUUUAAUUUUGACAUGUAAUAUCAGUGUUAUGUUCAAUGUAGUCCAGCACCAAUGGAUAUUAAGAGGCCAAGGCUGAGCUGUCCUGAAGACGAUUUGGAAAAUAUUGUUAUAGCAGAGACACCAUCUCCAAAGUCAAAAGUUUCUUAUGGCAACAGUGAACUGAGGAACAUUGCAGAAGAGUAAGGAAAUCUAGAUUUCAGAUCAUUAUAGCGGGUAGAGUUUUUUGCUUGUAAUGCAUUUGCUACCCAUUGGUAGCCUUUACGCAAACAUCAUUGUACUCCUAAUAUACAUGUAGCAGUUAUUCUCUUCAAAUUUGUUUAAAUCAGAAGACUUUGAGGAACAACCAAGCAACACGAAUUUGGUUAGACCUCAAAACCCGACCCGGCAGGGGAACCUGGUCCUCUCCAGAAAUAAGAGACUCCUCAGGCCUUAAAAACCACCAGACUGCUAUGCUAAAGAACUUUAAAUUGAAACCAGAGGGGGACUUUUGUGCAUACUCGUAUCCAGUGUGGGGGAUGCAUGUGGGGUUGGCUCAUGCCAAUGACAUGUGGAUUUGGUUAAUAUUCUGUACAGAAUGGGAUUGUCCCUGGUGAAGACAACAAGCCUAACCUCUCCUCCCAGUCGCACAGUAUUGAAGCCUACUCAACAACAGCCUAAAAAGGCUUCAGAACCAUCUGGGGGGUCUGUGUUCAGACGUGGUUAUAAUGGACUGGGUGGACAUACAAAGUUCCUUGCUCCAUCAAGACCAAUCAAAACAGUAUCACGUAAAGUGGCAAGACCCCAUGGCAUUUCAAAGUUUAUCAAACCUGCCAAGCUUAUGAGAGUGGCUGACCCUCCUCUUCCUGUCAUGGACUUGAAUUCAAAUUCUUAAAUUAAAGAGAACUACUUAGCAAACAAUUAUUUAUUACAGAUACUGUACAAAAUUGUUUGCUUUACUUAAUUUAUGUAGAUUUUGUUAUACUAAGGAUGACUUUAGAAGAACACUCAAAAAUGUACCACGAACAUUUUUCCUUUAGUGUGUUUACUUUGAUAGAGGCUUCUGUAAUGUUUAAAAGGUUAGUGAUAAUAAUUUGGACCACAGCAGUCAUAAUUAUCACGGCAUUGAUAUUACCCUACAUUGGAAAUCAGACAAAACUUGCUAGUCUGAUGUGCAAUGAGGAUACCAAGGACUUUUCAUAAAAAAAAAACUGUAGUUAAUUUUUUUUUCCAGGACAGUUCAUAUUGUUCUGUUACUCACUUACUUCAGCAGUGCUUAUAGAGUUCUUGAAAAUCUUCAUUUGAAAUGCUUAUGAGGCUUUACAUCUACCUUUGUCGGAUAGAUCAGACCUUUGACUUGUUUCAGUCAAGCUAGAGUCUUUCACUCGAACCGGUGUUGUUAGCAAAUUAUCAAGAGUGAUCAAACAUCCAAAACUGGCGACCUUGCAUCAUUGUCAUUUUACUGACAAAGAUAAUGGAAGGACCAACUCCUACGUGCCCGCUGGCGCACUGUCCUGCUACUCAGUCCAUCAGUGUGGGCGGCCGCACGAGAAAUUAUUUGGCUUGGCAGAGAGCCAAAUGUUUUCUCGUUCAGCCCUACCUAACUUGGGCAAAGAGCAGUUUUUCUUAAAACCAUUUCUCGCUUUCUAUCGCGUCAGACUCUAGUACGGGUGUAAAAGGAACGAGCAGGUGAGGGACCAUACAGGUCAUAAUUUGAUAAAUUUGGCCGCGAACUGUUACUUAGAUACUUGACAAAAAUAAAGUACAACAAAGGAAAAUUGAUGAAGUAAAUUAAUAAAGGUAGAAAAAGCACCCGUUGAAGACUAGUAAAGACGUUUAUACCGCUUUGAUCAACCACACGAUGCUUUUGAAGUUCAUUUUUUUAUAUAUUUUUGUAAUGAAAACAAAGCAUGUUUCGGAUGAAACAUCCAUUUUCAGUUGUAUAAUGAGAAAUAAAAUGAAAUUAUGC